ACGCCCACGUUAGAGAAAUAGAGUUACUCCCCUUAAACGACUCUUUUGAAUCAAAAGACUAAUGAAGUGAACUCUCCAUGUUUCCCGCAAAAUAUAAAUUUAUUAGCAAAAUAAGAAAAUUGUGUACUUAACAAAGUCAACAAUGAAGACAAGUCGCUUGAAAAAAGUUUCUGUUACAUUUGCUGGUGAUGAUAAUGUUGUUCAACAUAUAGUUCCUCUUGAAGAGAAAAAAACAACGAGAAAAAAGCACAGAAGUCAGACCUACAGUAGUGGAAUAGAAGGCAAAAGAAAGAAAUCAAAAGAUGCACAGAUCAGUGAAGAAAGUAGUGGUGAUGAUGAUGUACUUGUUACGCCUUGUACAUUGGAGGCAGAUGAGGGUCUUAUGCUUGGAAGUGAAGUGUUUAAUUUUAGGACACCUAAAAAGUCUGGUCAAAUGGCACUGAAAGCUUCUGAAGUUAAAACACCCAAAAGUGUAGACGUCAGUAGUAAAAGCACCCCAGUUAAAACUCCAAAAUCCAAAGGAACGACUCCAGGAAAAAAACGAGUUAUGAAAGAAGCUCAAACUCCAAACAAAACCGACCGAAAUAACAGACGUCCAGAGGCAACAACACCAUAUAGAUUACGCAAAAGAAAUAUUGAUGGUGACACUUCAUCUGAUGACAGUAUAACAAGUGAAAGUGAUUCAGAUGACUCCAACAUUUCUGACAAACCUUCCAAGAUAAAUCAAAAACAGACUUCAUCUAGAAGGAAAAAUAUACCUACUGAAGAAAUGACGACAAAUGCUGAGGAUUAUUUUGACAUUCAUUCAGGAGGUGCUAUAACUUCUGAUAGAACUUUAUCUAAGCUAGAAACACCUAGAUUAGAUCAUGAAGCCCUGAAUAAACUUCUAAUAAAUGUGUCUACAAGUCAUCCUAUACAAUCUAAAGAAAUGAUAGAAGAUCAUGCUGUUCAAUUCUCUAGAUGGAUGUUUAAUAUGUGCAAUGGUUUUAAUGUAUUACUAUAUGGACUAGGAUCUAAAAGAGCAUUAUUAGAAGAAUUUAGAAAGUCUCAUAUAGCUGAUUUUAAUCAUGUUGUCGUUAAUGGAUAUUUUCCUAGUUUAACCAUUAAACAUGUAAGUACAUGUAUAAUGAAUUUGUAUAUACCGGUAUACAAGAGUUCUUUACAAAAUUUUAUGUAUAGUUAAUUGGGACUAAAAAGUGCAACCCACUUCCCUAGCUGUGUGAACCUAACAAUCAAAUGAGAAGUAGUGUCAGGUGUUCCAGAAAGUGGGAGCCACGGUUGCUAAGAUAGAAAGUUCAACAGGAUUUUCCGGCAUGGUUUCUCUUGUCAGUGGUGCAAGACAGAGGGCCUGACAAGGACAGCUGUCUAGUCGUUCGGAUGGAAUGGAAAACCGCAGUCCUGUGUACACAUUGGUGUGCACGUGAAAGAUCCCCUGGCAGUUGGAAUUCGUUAUAAGAGUAGGCCGUAUUGCCGCUGUCCGUGCA